AUGGCCAUGGACUUUGAUUUAAGACUGAUUGUUUCAAAUGACCAGGAUUUUGAAACUAUGAGUGGAUCUAUGGAACAUGAUGAAAGCACACUUGUGGGGAUGGGUCUUCGCACCUCCGUCUCUCCUGCACAGCUCGCCUUUUACAUCAUUCUGGUGAUAUUGGGCAUUCUGGGUAAUGCCAUUGUGAUUGGAGUUAUUGGGAAGAGCGUAAUCAUGGAACGCAGCGGGGGGCAAAACUCAAAUAUCAUCAUUAUGAAUAUGGCACUAUCUAAUCUGAUGGUGUCUGUGAUGAGGAAUGCCCUGCUCAUCAUCUCAGACAUCGGUAGCGAGCUGUACUUAUCGAAAAGGUGGUGUCAAUUCCUCAUGGGAGUCUGGGUGUGGCUGCGAUCGGUCAAUGUGUGGUCAACCUUCUUCCUCAGUGCAUUUCAUCUCCAUACUCUGAGACGCGUGACUCCUGUUUCUGGGAACCUUCAAGGGUCACAGGGCCCACCUAAGAUCCUGCUGCUGAACCUGGCCUCCAUCUGGCUUUUAAACCUUCUUUAUUCUAUUCCUGCUCAUAUUUUCUCCACUAAUGGAAAUGAAAACACUACGGAGACCCUGAUGCUCGUGAGCAGCACAACACGCCCCCUGCUGGGCUGUGUGUGGAACUUUCCCUCCAGCUACAGCGGCCUGGCCUACGCCACCACAUCCAUAGUGAUACAUGAAACAUUUCCCAUCAUCUUGAUGACAAUUUCCAACGUGAGCUCCCUGUACACGCUCUACACUCACGGCAAGAUGCGGACUUCAGUGGAGGGUGCAGUUGUUAUAAAGCGGGUGCCAGCUGAGAGGAGAGCAGCAAAGGUGAUUCUUGCUCUUGUCCUGCUCUUUAUUUUAUCGUGGGGAACCAGCAUUAUCUCUGUCAACUAUUUCAACUACAACAAGAAGUCUUCAGCGGAGUUUCUUCUAGUCAUUGCUCGCUUUGCCAAUAUCAUUUUCAUUGCCAUGUCGCCUGCUAUUCUGGCCGUGGGCCACCGACGGUUGCGUGCCUUCAUGAAGUCCACCCUAACUCACUAA